AUGCUAGGCCCCGAGACCUCCAUCAUCCGGGUGGCGGGCGCGGGCUUUCGACUCUCGCUACUGCUCAACGCUGCAGCAUGUCAACUUGCACAGUCUAGAAUAGAGAUUCACAGUAUUGCCAAGGGCAUCUCUCUCUUUGCGCUCACUCUGAAGCAGCUUGGGCAAGCACUGGAGAGUCCCGAUCUCGCGCGAACCACCGAAGCAACCGAGAAAGCUUGGGAAAUCGCCAGCCAGGGACAGUUGGUCUUUGUUGAAAUCGAGCACAUGUUGGACAAACUGCAAGGCACUGAUGCCCACGAGGAUUUGAGCCGGAUUCCAGUGCAAGAGAGACUGAAGUGGUGCUUUCGAAAACAGCAUGUCACUUACCUCUUAGCGCAACUGGAGUCUCUCAAAUUGAGCUUGAUCGUGAUGACGCGGAUUCUGCAGUUGGGAGACUUACUGAAGUCAGGGAAAGAGGGUGCCAACUCGUCCAACUGUGGGCUCGUUGCAGAAGAUAUCAUUGCCCAAGAGAAAGCAGAGACUCAGAACAUGAUCAUCGUUAGAUACUGGUCUCUGAAACGGCUAGAUCGCUUGUGGGAUUUCGUUGCGCAGGAAGCUGUGGAUGCUGCAAAUGAUCCGACGAACCAGAAGAUCAUCUCUAAUCAUUCUUCAGCUACAGCCUCGGCGAUGGGACCUUUGGUGACGGCAGCCAAAGGCUCGGAUCUCUCGAAGCUUCCAGUUGUGACCUUUGGAGACAGUGACGUGGGUUUGGCUAAUCUGGAGCGAUCACCAAAGGACAUGGUUCACCUUUCGGAGGGUGCGAUGAACCGCCUGCUGCUGGCUUGGAUACCGUCACUGGACCUGUCACUACUAUCAGCAGCCAGAAAGCCAUCUCCAGAUGCCACGAAACCCAGUCAGCCGCGUGCAUAUGUCUCAUCUGGCAGUGAAGAUGAUGAUUCGGACGACCCCGACUGGGAUGGCCAUAGCUCCCACGGCUACUACUUAGAAGGUACGACAGACGACUGGCGCAAGCCUCAUUCACAAGAAGCCAGAAAGCAUGCAGCCGAGCUACGCCGGCGAUACUCCAGCUAUCAGGCACAUGUUGAAAACGAUUCCGAGACCGACGAGUUGAAACAGCGUCGGCAAACUCGUCCCAAGAACCCGCGAAUAACCGACUCCAGUGACGAAGGUGAGCAACGAUCGACCUCUCGUCCACCACCCAAGAGUGUCACUAUCAACGACAACCGUGUCCAUUCCAAUAGUUCUUCGUCAAGAUAUCCACCUAGCCCAGUGUCGGACCGAGGACCACCAGCCUAUCCAAACGGAAGCUUCCAACCCCCGCCACCAACUCAAUCUAUUCCUCGCUCGCAAGGACCUCCACAGAGCAAGCCCAUGCCAAUCCACAUCCCCGGUCCUCCUCAACAACCCUAUCGAUACCACCCAAACCAAGAAUUCAGCAACACUGCGCCACGAUCUAUUCCGAAUAGCCAGCCCAAUGUACCUGCAGGGUCAAUGCCCAUCCCUUCACCAAGGGCCACACCACCGGGUCAAUUCGAUGCAUCUUGGGCCCGACAGCAGCAGAACUACAAUAACAAUCACCUGCAACCACGGCCCCACCCCUCGGCGUACCCGCUUUCUUCUUCAUCGCCGGAAUCUAGCUUCAGCCUCCGGCCCUCGCCGCCUCGUUCCGCGCAACGUUCUCCGACCCGUUCACACCGUCGAUCCUCACGUGAAGAGGCUAAGGAACGACACAAGGCUUUGACACGCAGUGCGACUCGUGGAUUGGCGGGGAUCGGAGCGAUUGCAGGGUUCAUGGAUGCUUUGGAGGCGUUUACGUUACUGUGA